GCGCAGCAGAAAAAAUGUUCUCACUAGAAGAUGUAAUGAAAAUGGCAAAGAUGGCAGGAGUGGCAGGCCCUUUGAAAGAUGUUCUGAAGAAGACUUUGAGUACCGAAACACCAGUGGCAAUGACAACUACAGUCACUCCAGUGUUGGUUACAGAGGUAACACGACCAUCGUUGGUAUCUACAAGAAGAAGAACACGAAUGAGAAUCACGUCUACCGAACCAUAUCAAUCGCGUAGACCUAGAAAUGGCCAUGAUCCUAGGCGAACGCCAAACUUGCCUUCUACAAGACAAACACCUACUUGGGUUCCUAAGGUAAUGUCUAAGGCAUCUGACAGAUUAAGGCGUAGGCGUCCGAGAAGGCAAAUGGUGACGGGAUCAACAGAAGAACCUCUGACUACAAAGAUAUAUUCAAGAGAAACAUCAACUCACUAUCCAAUAACUGAAAUAACGCUCUCAGAAACUAUCUUGGCGACUCCUGAAAAUAUUGUGACAGAAAUGACCACCAUGGACAAAGCCCGAAUUGCAGAGAAAAGACUUGAUAACACGUUUAAUAGCAUUCAACAGUUUUUAACUAAAAACCUGAACUCUCUUUUGUCGUCCUCCAGACUAUCGCACAGUGAAGCAGAUGAACAGGUGAAACCGUGGUCAUUAUCAGAAUCAACAGGUCAAGUUCCUGUCACUGAACCUACAAGGGUAGCCACUACCAUCAGUAGAAGUACAAGUACACCUUUGCCAGAGACAAGUACUACACGUAUUACAAUGGUUGAGGAAGAUGCAGCCAUAGCAUCUGUCAAGGCAUUCCCUCCAGCCACCAUUGUAUCCGUGGAGCCAACAUCAAAUCUUGUAAUAGAUCAAACCACGAUUACAAAAAUACAGCAAGCUAGCGGUAGCCCAAAUCUAGAUGAUAUAUUUGGCUCAAUGCGGCAGGAUUUAACCAUGGCAGAUUUCCUUAACCUUCUCACAACAAAUUAUAACAUACCGAUAGAGGAAGCAAGAAAACUUAUUCCCGUUGCAACUUCCGAAAAAAGUAUUUCAAAAUUCACAACACAAGAAGUUGCUACGUUCAUAAAUACUGAUAAACCCUCAACAUCUACUGCAACGGUGACCACUACAACGCCUACUACCACUUCUCAAACUUCAACCACAACAUUUAUAACUACAUCUACAGCAGUUACAACUACAAUGAAACCAAUUACCGCACCACCAGUAACUGUGACAACAACCACUACUUCAACUAUGGGACUACCGACUUCAACACAUGUAUUUGAAAGAGCUGCUAAGAAAACAAAUGACAUUAACAUAAAAACUGGAUCCCUUACAAGGGCUCCUAAAAAUACACCGUCUCCUUUUUUACCAAGGACAUCUUUGCUUUCAAAAUAUUCACACAAAAAAAUAAGCUCGAAAAAUCGACCUUUCAAAAAUCCCCCGUCUAGAGAUAAGCUGUUACGAAUGUUAAGGGAAAGUAAUAAGAAAAGAGUAAAACUGUUGAGUACGUAUCGAAAGAUGGGGUAUCACCGUGUUGAACAUCACAGAAAAAACACAACCCCUGUCCCCACUGUGGGUAGAAUAGAUGAAGCCAUAAAUCCAAUGACCAAAACUCCACCAAACAGUGACAUGACAAGCCAGGUAAUUUCAGAGCCUAAUGUUGGAUUAACCCAGGCAAGCACGAGGAUUCCAUUUACAAAAACAUCAGCUGCACUUGAUAUCAAUACUCUAAAAACCAAAAGUGCCGAUUCUUUGUCUGUCAAUGAUCUGCUGCUCCUGCUACAAAUGAAGAUAAACAAGGUCACACCUACUACGACAAAAGUAGCUACACAAGGCAUAUCAACGACAACGGUAAAUCCUAUACUUGAUCUUCAGCAAAAGCAAUUUCUUACCAACUGGACUAGCAAGUUCCAAAAAGAACCCAUAGAAUUACAAGAAAUAGCCACAACAAUGAAUGAAACACCGACAACUGAAACACCAGUUGUUAAAACGAGAAUUCAUAGAAUCAAAUCAAAGGUCAACGUAUUCAAUCGUGAUGUUUUUGCUAAGUUAAAACAUAUGGCAAGGGCAAGAACGAAGAAAGGAAAGAAUAAAGUCCCAACUACUGUCACUCCCAGAACAACAACCACUACAGCAACUUCUCCGACUACGACAGUUCCCCCGACAACGCAGUUGCCUAGGAUUCUGUCUGUCCUCAUAAGACCACAGAAGCGAAGAAUGCCAAAACGUGUCAAACAAAGGAAGUUCCUGUUGACCACGACUCAGACACCAACAACUCAGAGUGUACCUAUCCAAGACACACCUAAACAAAAGAGUAAAAACAAACUUAAUAUGAGUAAUUUUAUGAGUUCUUUGCAAGAAAAUAUUCAUGGUCUCAACUCAAGUAAAAACUUAGAUGUUUUUGAAAGGAAAUUGGAACACAUUCUUGCCACUUCCCGCAGACUACGAGGAGGUAGCCCUGGAACUGUUCACGGUGGGAUUAAUGUUAAAAUUAAUAUGAGGAAAAAUGUGCAAAAUUCUCCUAGGAUGCAGAUAGGAAAUAAUAAAUCUAAGAAAACGCUUGACCCACGACUACAAGUAGCAGUCACAACAAUUACAACAACAAAAACACCCAGGCAACGACCUACAACAACAUAUGCUCCGUUAAGCCUAGACACUGGUAAAAAUAUGCAACCGACAUACCAAGAUAUUAUAACUAUGGGACAAACAAAUAUAACAGCCCUUAUAAAGUCUAUAAUACGUACGUCCAAGGAACAAAAAUCAAACUACGCUUAUCAGGAACGACCAAUUCCUGACACAUUUGUGCCUGCACAUGUUGAACCUGUUCAAAUGCUAGAACUGUCAACUCCCAAGACAAUUCAUCUGAGUGACAUUCAGAUAUCUUUCAAAACAAAAAUACCCAAAGAAGAAAGGUUAGGAGGUGUAUUUCCAAGUGGAGCAGCAGCAAAUGGUGUACAAGACACUAAACAGUCUGCAGUUCAUGUUCAUGGUGGCAUUGAUAUCCAAACAUAUGAAGUUGGAGAGGCGGACGGGAUGUCUGAACCAGAAGCUGAACCAGAGCCGGAGGCGGAAGCGGAACCAGAACCGGAACCGGAAAUUCUCAGCGCAGGACAAAAUGUCCCUGAUAAUGGUCAUGCCGUUGCAGAGUUCCUAGUACAUCAUAGAAUACAGGAUCAAGAGGGACGAAACAUAAAUCAGAAACCAGAUGUCAUGGCAGAGCCUGAAACUCGGCCAUCUUUAAGAUCAUCGGAUAUCAUUGGCCAUAACUCAAACAGAAUGCUCACUGCUCACAAAUACACACAAACGGAAAUUCCACCAGUACAGAAUUCUGGACAUAUUAUACAGGACGUGAACAUUCAAGAGGGGGUCUCUGAACCAACAGUGUAUGGUGAGCCUACACAUGGACAUACAAGAACCAUAUCUUUGAGAAAUAUGCAGAGGAACAACAUGCUCCAGACACGUGUAAUUCCUGCAAACUCCUCACCCGGAAGAAGAGCUAAGGGAGGCUAUAGAGUUUCCCACGAUAGCAUAGGGCAAGGAGCUUCAGCACGAGGACCACGAGUCUCCAGCCCAAGAUCAAUGACCUCAAUCUUUAGCAGCCAACCUGGCAUUCCGACGACAGAAAACAGGCGCAGAGAUCCCAGCGUUGAAGAGGGUGCAGCCACAGAUGACAGCACGAAUAGCAACUCAAAGUCAAACGGGACAUCAUUUGAAACUAAAAGAUCCCAUUUAUCUUCGAGUCAACUGUAUCCUGGAGGUCAUUAUUCAAGGCAUCCCUCACAAGAACCUUCAUCUCCCUAUAUCGACAUAGGCAGACCUUCCGGGAUAGAACAUAAUUUCCAGACAGUUGGGCGAACGAGAGCGAGCAUUAGGCGACGUGAAGGAAGGAUCAGUAAUGUUCCAUCACAUAACCAUGGUAACGAACCGUUUCCUGACGUUUAUGGAGGGAUGCUGAGGCAGCAUGAUCCUCAUGCUGGCAUCGCAACUGGUUCUAAAAGCCAUCGUGCGUAUGACAUGGGCCAGGCUAAUAGACACACGUCCCCCGCUGACCAGCUUACCAUAGGCCAGUCGAAUGUGCGUCCUGUGCACAACCGUGCUGGCUUCAAGGCUAACGAAAUGCACCAACCCGACACACACUCCAGAAGACAACCUGUCCUACAGUCUGCCAAUCCCCGCGCCUCCAAACUGCAACAGUAUCAACCUCAAACACUGGCAUCAUCCAACUCCAAUCCACGAAAUAGGCAAUCCUCGAACCGGAGAUACACAAACAAUGAUUUCCAGAAGGCACAAGUGCAAACUGUUUACGACCCAGAAUCGGAGACAUACAUCACUAAACCUAUUGUGACCAAUAGCCAAAGUGGGCGUCAUCAGCAUGCUGAUAAUCAUUACCAAAGGAACCAGCAGCAACAACACCUUCUUCAGCAACAACAACACCAUCAACAGCAGCAGCAGCAGCAGCAGCAGCAGCAGCAACAACAACAAUACAUGCGGCAACAGCAAAUGGUAAUGCAGGAAGCCUAUAACCAGGAACAAAAGCAAAACAUGAAUGUUGGCGGUCACCGUGCUUCACCUGUCAACGAAGGGGGACAGAACAUCGACCCAUAUUACCAAAACCAGCAACAUUUGGCCCCGUCUCAGCACUACCCCCAGGAGGCUCCAUACCAAGGAAUGACCCAAGGACGCACCCCGGGGGAUGUCAUGAUGCUCAUGCAGAUCAUUUGAUCAAGUUUUAUUUGACAAACCUGGAAGAUAUAAGAUUGCAUUAUGAUAUACAUCCUUAUAACUUUCUAAACGUUAUGCAUGUAGUUUCCAAAGUUGGAAACGUUGGUCCACCCAUUAGGAAAAUGACUUUGGUUUACACUAUAUUUUUGUACAACUGCACACACACACACACACACACACACACACACACACACACACACACACACACACACACACACACACACACACACACGCAAGUUGAAAGGUGAUGUAUGGUGACUGCUUGCUUCAUCAUUCAAACGUUUAAGGAGAUGACGUUGUGUACUGUGUGAACCUGUUCCUCAAUUUGUGACGGCAUACAAAUGCAUCAUGUCACUGCUGGUGAAAGAGUAUGCGUAUCAUAUGCAUAAGAAAAAACAACAACAACAUCAUCAACAACAACAACAACAA